AUGAGCGCGCGUCGAGCUUCCCAUUUCCCCACGCGGACAACGGCAAAUCACGACCGCCCCGGCAGUAGAGACGCGGACAAGGAGGAAAUAUGGAAGCCCAUGCUAGACAACAUCUCGAGUGGCAAGCGACUACCAGAGAAGAGCCUGCUCGUCUUGGGAGGUACACCAGAAACACAGCGAGAGUUCCUGGAUUCGCUAUCAACAGACGCCUCAGGCAACCGAAGACCGCCAGAUCGAGGCAGGAAGCCGCCAAUUGCUAAUCAGUUUGCGCUGGGCUACACUUACCAAGACGUGCUUGACACCGACCACGAAGACACUCUCGCCCGCCUCUCGCUCUACCUGCUCGCAAACCCCUCGCCAUCCUUCACCCCCCUGAUCAAGCCCUACCUAAACCCGCGCACGCUCCCCCAUAUGCUAAUAGUCAUUCUGCUCGACUGGAAUCACCCCUGGUUAUGGAUAAGGCAACUUCGCGACUGGAUACGAGUGCUGAGGUCACUCAUUCUUUCGCUCGAUGAUGCCUCCAAGGUAGCCCUAGAGGAGAACAUCCAGACACUGCAGGAUAAGGGGCGCAACCUAGGCACAGAAGGAAGUAGCAUGGAGAGUGUCAAAAUACCGCUAGGACCCGGAGAGUGGGAUGAGCCGCUCGGCAUACCACUGUGUGUUGUGUGUCAGAACGCUGACAAGAUUGAGAGUCUUGAAAAGGAGCGAGGUUGGAAAGAGCCCGAGUUCGACUUCAUACUUCAGUACAUGCGCACCAUUUUACUCAAGCAUGGAUCGAGCCUAGUAUACACGAUGCCCACAGCACCUGGGUCAUUACGGACACUCAUACACUCAACCCUUGGCAUCAAGUCGCUCCUCAAGCAGGAGGAGCUACGACAUAAUUUAACCGACCGCGACCGGGUACUCGUACCGCCAAACUGGGAUUCGUGGGCAAAGAUUCGAAUACUGCGCGACAAGUUUGACAUUGAGGGGAUCAGCGAGAAAUGGAGUGUGGAUAUCGACAUUCCUCGGCACAUGCGGCCGACAAAUGGAGGCGCUCCAACGCCUGUAGAAGAUGAUGCUCAAGUAGCCGGCGAGUCGACCCCAGUUACGGAAGAAGAGCAGGACGAACCAUCCGCGACUUCCAUCUACGAGGAAACCAUACGCAAUCCCGAGUCGGAUUAUCCGCUAUCCAGUGUUUCGAGACACACCAAUGGCAUUGAAAUAGCGAGUAAAGACGCGCAAACAUUCCUUGCUGAUCAAGUCGAUAUUCUCGAGCAAUUACGACAGGAAGAUGCGAAUGAGGCAGCCAUCAAAGCUGCACGAAAGGAACAAGACCCGUCCAACGUUAGGGCCUAUACAGACGAUGCGUCUGGAGUCGUCGAGGAACACAUUGGGCCAGUGCAGUUCAAUAUGGGCGGCAUUCAGGUGAAUGCUGACGAGAUGGUCAAGCGACUGCAGGACCGUCAAGCAAGCCGAACAGACGAGCCUAAAACACCACCACCCAAAGCACAGGAUUCUAAUAUCAUGGACAACGAAAAACUAAGGUCAUUUUUCUCUGGCCUCGUCAACAAGGGACCUUCAAGCAGCCCACGAGGCGCAUGA